AUGGCUUCUGCACCACCAACCCACAUCCCCGCAUCGACAACGCUGCCCCUCGAUGCCGCCGCCGCCGCCGCCGCCUGGAAGCCCGAUUCCUGGCGCGCCAAGCCCAUUAAGCAGUCGCCCGCCUACCCGGAUGAGGUCAAGCUGCGGCGGUCCGUCGCGGAGCUCGGCCGCAUGCCGCCUCUCGUGCACCCGUCCGAGAUUGACGCGCUGCGGGCGCACCUGCGCGACGUGGCCGAGGGCAAGGCCUUCCUGCUCCAGGGCGGCGACUGCGCCGAGCUCUUCGACUACUGCCAGCAGGAGGCCAUCGAGUCCAAGAUCAAGCUGCUGCUGCAGAUGAGCGUCGUCCUCAUCUGGGGCACCAACAAGCGCGUCGUUCGCAUCGGCCGCAUGGCCGGCCAGUACGCCAAGCCGCGCUCCAGCCCGACCGAAAUCGUCAACGGCCGUGAGAUCCCGAGCUUCCGCGGCGACAUCCUCAACGGCUACCACGAGGAUGAGCGCGAGAUUGACCCUAAUCGUCUUCUAAAGGCGUAUCACCACUCCGCGGCCACCCUCAACUUCAUCCGCUCCGCAAUCGCCUCCGGCAUCGCCGAUCUCCGCCACCCCUUCGACUGGGGCCUGGGCCAUGUCCGCGACCCCGUCCUCAAGGAAAAGUACUCCGAAAUCGCCCGGAGCAUCCAGCAGACUCUACGCUUCCUGCACGUCAUCAACGCGCGCCCCGACGAGCUGGAGACGGUCGACAUCUUCACCUCCCACGAGGGCCUGCUCCUCGAGUACGAGGAGGCCCUCACCCGGCACCUGCCCAAGCCCGUGUCGCACUCGCCCGGCAACAGCCGCAUCGCCACGCCGCUGACGCGCUCGCCACGCCUCGGCAGCGUCGCAGAUCCCAGCGCCGCCAGCGCCCCCAAGACGCACGACUACUACGACACGUCGGCGCACUUCCUGUGGAUCGGAGACCGCACGCGGCAGCUCGACCACGCGCACGUCGAGUUCUUCCGGGGCGUCGCCAACCCGGUCGGCGUCAAGGUGGGGCCGAGCACGCCCGCGGCGGACCUGCUCUCGCUACUACGCGCGCUCAACCCGCGGCGCGAGCCCGGCAAGGUGACGCUGAUCACGCGGUACGGCGCAGCGCGGGUGGCGGAGCUGCUGCCGCUGCACGUGCGCGCCGUGGAGGGUUCCGAGUACAAGGGCUGCGUGGUUUGGCAGUGCGACCCGAUGCACGGCAACACGCUGUCGACGGGCACGGGCAUCAAGACGCGCCGCUUCAACGACAUCUACCGCGAGCUGCAGGAGUCGCUGCGCAUCCACCGCGAGCAGGGCAGCGUGCUGGGUGGCGUGCACCUGGAGCUGACGGGCGACGCGGUGACGGAGUGCCUGGGUGGGAGCGAGGGGCUCGACGAGGACGACCUGUCGACGAAUUACACGUCGUUUUGCGACCCGCGCCUGAACGAGAAGCAGGCGCUCGAGCUGGCGUUCUUGAUCGCGGACCACUUCUCCAAGGAGGCCAAGAAGGCAUGA